AACACAAUAUUAGACCAACAACAUGUUUGACCACAAGAAUGGCUUUGCUUCAAGCACAGCCCGCGCAGUUUAGAGCGUCUCUGCGGACAAGUCGGAAAGUCGCACCUGCGCCUUGUCAAAUAACAGGAAUGCAGCAGUCAGGUCCUAUCGUGGGUAGUUGGAUGGUCGUUCAGGCGGUCAAAGAGGGCAGCAGCGGCCCCAACAACGAUGACAAUGGAGAGUCGCUCGCUGUAGACAGUGCGCCAGGGACAACUCCUGUGCAUCAGGAUGUGCAACCUGACUACCCCAGGCCUGCCAGCUCACAGCCGCCCGCGGUUAAUGAGGUCGCGAGCACAAGCUAUCAGCCUGCCGACGAUACCGCUGCACUUCUACACAAAUUCUCAGUCCAUCCAACCAGCUCACCGCGCAUACGGGGGCUUAUCGACGUGCUCAUGAUGGUGCUGACCCUCAUACCCACGGCUGUGCUGCGGCUCGUCCGGGCGUGUAUGGGGUUGGUUGGCGUCACCGAGCACCGCUGGCGCGGUAUCUCGCUGCACGUGCCGCUCACGCUCGAAGACCACAAGCAUCUGGAGCUACUCGCAGCAAACCUGGUUGCCGGCCGCCUCGGCCGGCGCCCGGAGGCGCCGGAGCGCGGGCCUGUGCCGCCCUCGCAGCAGCUGACCCUAGACGUGCACGCCAUCCUGGCCGCGGCGUCCUCCACCGCUGCAGCAUUCGGGCUUCCAUACGAGGGCAUGCCCGAGGCCGCGCUUCACUCCAAGCUGUCGACCUACAUCCGCGGUGUUGCCUCCUCAGAAACGGUGUGCACGCAGGACUGCUUCAAGGCCAUGCGCAAGCUGGGGCGCAAAACCAUGGAGUCGCUCUGUGCCGCGGCGCAGCGCAGCCCCGCGCCCGCGCCCUCUUCCUCCUCAAAAUCCGGCGGCCACAAGGGCCUGCGCUCUUCGCCCUCCGCCUCCAGCAUGAUGGUGAAGCCUAAGCCCAAGGCGGUAGCCAAGGCCUUCAUGUCGGCGUGCCUCAUGCAGCUCAGCCGCGCGCACGCCGAGACGCUCAUCCAGCUGGUGGCGGCGCUGCCAGACGGCAGCGACCUGGUGGAGGCCGUGUCACUCAUCAGCCUGGCGCCGGGGGCCGAAUACCUCAGGCUGUUGGGUGAGGAGCGCUUCGCGGAGCAGCUCGAGGCGAUGUCGGAGUUUGGGCGGUUGCGGCCCUCAGACGCCAAGAAGGAGCCGGAGAUGCAGGGCAUGGCCAUCAACGCGCGCGUGCACGAGGUGGGCGUGGUGCGGCACGUGCGCGCGCCCGCCCCCGCCCCGUCGCUCAGGCCAGCGGGCGCUGUGGCAGAGGCGCAGGCGGACAGCGUAGCCAGCAGCAUGAAGACCAUUGGCGCGGCGUCGGUGCGCGGCGUCACGCGCGGCAUCAGCAACGACGCGACCGCUGACCUGCCGGUCCUCAUGAGCGACGGCAGCGCGAGCGAGCGGGCAGGCGCCAACGGCAUGGGUGGCUACACGGGCUCGGGGCCGAACGGGCUGCGCGCGGGCAAGCCGGCGGCUAGGGGCUGGAUGGCCGAGUUUGAUGACGAUGACGGCGAGGCGGAGGAGGAGGAGGGGCUGGCCUUUGGCAAGCCGGCGGCGCGCGCACACGCGCCCGGGCGGGUGCUGGGCUCAGUACCCGCACGCAAUGAAGUUAUGGGGCUGAGCAUGGACGACGACGAGCCGCGGGAGGACGAGCCGCUGUUCAAGAAAUUGCCGCUGCGGCAAGGGUUCACGGGCGGGAUUCCCGCGGAGCUCAACACGUCCACUACGGAGGCACCCGCAGCCAACGGCAACAGCGCGCACGGGCGGCAUACGCAGUCGGGCUCGGGUGAGGCAGCGCAGCUGCCGCGCACCUCCUACACGGGCGCCGCUGCCUCGCCUCUUGGCCCCGGUGCACCCUCGGCCACUGGCCGCACAGCGUCACAGGCGCCUCCACAGCUGCUGCCCCAGCCCAGCGGCUACCACACCCUGCCUCAGCCCAUCCCGCUCAGCAUUGAGCUGCUGGGUCGUGGCGGGGCGGCAGCUGCUGCUGCGGCCGACGAUGACCUUCGGACACCUGGCAUAGGAGCUGGCGCGAGCCUCUCGACCUCAGGGGCAGACAACGUGUCCGUUGCAGCGGGCGCGGCCGACGGCUUCACGCCCUCGCAAUCACAGUCCAAGCUUGCAACUGCCGGCAACGCUGCAGGCGAAGCCAACGGCCACCUGCACCACCAUCACCACCAACACAGCAGCACGGCUGCGCUGGCAAGCGCCAACAGCGUCUUCUCCUCGAACUCGGCGCUGUCCACCACCAUCUCGCUAUACCCCACGGAGCGCCUCGAUGUGUUCCAGCCCGUCUAUGGCUGCCCGCGCUCCGGCGCCUUCGCAGUGCACGGCCGCGAGCCGCGCGGCGUGGGGCUCAGCCGCCUCGUGACCGCGUACGCAACCUGCCACUCGCUGCCCGCGCCAGAGCAGUCCUCGCUGCUGGCCGGCCUGGGCUACAGCCACCCGGAGCAGCUGCGUCAGGAGGUAGAGCUGCGCAAGGCGCUGUGCGUGGCGCAGGCGCUGCCGGUGGUGGUGGCCUCGCUCAAGCUGCAGUGCCGCCAGCCCGCCUGCCUGCAGGCGGCGGCGCGCUCCGGCUGCUUCAUGCACGUGCAGCAGAGCCUGCUGUCGGACCUGCACAGACACGAGCGCGCGUACCUGGAGGACACCAAGGGCGCUCUGGACGUUCUGGCAGACCGGCUGAUGGUGCGCUUCGUGGCGGGCAGCGAGCGCGUGCUGCCGCUGCACAUUAGCGGCCCCAACAUUGUGGUGUCACUGCCGGCGGACUGCGUGCGUGCGGAGGCGCUGGCGGCGGCAGGGUUGACGCGCGAGGAGUUCUGCGGCCCCGACAAGCAGUACGGCCUGAACGCCCUGGUGUUCAACAUGGGCAUUAACACGCUUCAGUCGUUGGGCUUCCUGAACCCCGCAUCCGGCGGCGCCGAGCCGCUGCAGCAGUCGCUCAACCGCUUCAGCCUGGAGCGGCUCAAUGAGUACGCGGUGCGGGCCGGGCACUCACACGGCCCGGCGCUUGCAGCGCUGAACGCGCACUUCGGGCCGCGCGGGCACCGGCCGCCCAAGGACACAGAGAUGUUCGCGCUGGUCCGUCGCGCCUGCACAGAGGUGGGCGCUGGCCGCGCAGUCAACUGCAAGAGCGGCAAGGACCGCACUGCGCUGGAGCUGUGCCGCGCCUUUGCGGACGAGGUGGUGGGCGCGGGGCUGCUGCCCAACGGCGCGGAGCCGUGGCUGCAGGCGCAGUUCAUGCGCGGGCUGUCGUACAUGACCACCAGCCAGAACCACGGCCAGCCGCCGGCGUACGCGUUCAACGAGAUGGAGAUCGCCACGCUGCCGGCUGGGUGGCGUCCGGACUGGCGGCUGUGCGGCAAGGUAGCCUCGUAGUGCCGUGCCGGGAGUUUGGAGGCGGCGGCAUGUAUGAGGUGGGGUGCGCUACGGCUUGGUAGGGGCAGGGACGGAAGAGAAGAUGAGGGCUUUGCCUGUUCAGGGCUGGGUGGGGGUGUAGCGUCAGGAAGGCGGCCAUGAAUGGGGCUUACAACUUAAGAACUGUUACGGCUGGCUUGGUGGGAGCAGAGUGCUAUCACCGCCGGCCUGUGGGGCAUAUGGUAUGUCUGCCUGUGUGGCUGUUGCAGUGCCGGGCUUGUACAGACAGCUGAAUACAGGUUGGGGGUGAACAGAGCGGAGCAAAAUGCUGAGAGCUGUGAGUGAUACUAACAAUUUACGAAGUGCGAGCGUGCGUGCGUUGACUUUUGUGGUACUGGUUGCUUGUGGGUCUUGAAGUUUUAUCUAUCACCAUGCGGAAUGCGCAUGUAUGCACGAACGAACACAGGUGCUUGUUGAAGCGCCAGCAACGGCAUGGCGGGGGCUGUAGCCUACCAGUUGUACCGUAUGUGCACGGUCCGCAUUACAGCCAUCACUACCGUUUGGUCCGGUAGUUGUGCUAGGCAUGAAGACUACGUGUGCUACUUCAUUUCAUGCUGUGGUCCCAGUCCACAACCUUUGCAGACCAUCAACAUGUGGCAUGGAGCCGGUGUUGCGGGUGGUGGUGAUUGCGCCCGCUGUGUGUAAGGAAGAUGUGCC